UUCAUUAGGACAGUCGUGUCCCGUUGGCCUGUUGGAAUUCAAAAGUAUUUUAAAAAAAAUCUGGAAGAAAUCAGGCGCAUUGAAAUCGUAGAGAAUUAGAAAUGACUUCCGGGAAGUGUGCGGUGCUGGGGCUGUUAUUUUUCGUGGGCCUGUGCUGGGGCAGAGUGGAACCAAGGGAGGUACUCCUGGUCAUCGCCUGCCCUCAUCUUCCCCGCCAGGCCAGAGAUGAGUGCUUCGCCUUGUCCGACAAUGUACGGGAACAGCAUCGGCAACUGGAUCUGGCGGAGAUCUUCCCCGGGGACUAUACCCUCAGGGUCUAUGUGAUGCACGAACUCUUCAACUACUGGACCCUGCUGGACGCACUCCCACAUCUACAAGGCCAGACACGUCUGCUGGGUGCGCGCACGGAAUGGAUUAUAUGGUGUCAGCACAACACGCGUGUGUCUUCGCUGCGCGGCCUGCUCGAGCAGCUGCGUCGCCAGGACCCAAUGGAGCUCUCCUUCCACGGCCAUGCAUUGUACGACUCGGAGGCCACCAUCAUACACCAUUUCUCGAAUUACAAGGAUCCGCAAUGGUUCCCAUACCCCAUGCUGAGCGCUGGAGUUGUCUUUACAGGAGUUCUGUUGCGAAGGCUGGCGGAAGUUGUUGCUUCUAAUACCCAAAACAUCACCCUUCGCAGCGACUUCUCCAUCGACGCUUCUCAUGAGCUGGCGCGCUUUAUUUAUGACAACAUAUCGCCCGACCCGCAUGCCGGCACACCGAUGUCCGCGAGAAUAGUUCUAAAAAGUGCCAGCUACAUUUGCCCCACCUUCGAAUCCAUGCGAGCUCCAGAGAUUCCCAAUAGAGGUCCCCGUUGCAUGCUGCAUGCAAAGCCGGAGGAGCCUUCUGCUGGCCCUCCAUCCACUUUAGGGCACCUAAAAGAGCGUUGUGUGUACACGACCGGAUCGCACAUAUAUUUCGCAAUCAAAACCUGUGCGAAAUUCCACAAGGAACGCAUAACAAUCAUCGAACGCACCUGGGCAGCAGACGCCCAGAACAGGAGGUACUACAGCGAUGUGGCAGACGGCGGCAUACCGACCAUCAGCACUGGGAUACCGAAUGUCCAGACCGGUCAUUGUGCCAAGACAAUGGCUAUUUUACAGUUAUCACUCAAGGAUAUCGGUGAACAAAUGGACAUUCGCUGGCUCAUGCUCGUCGACGACGAUACGCUACUUAGUGUACCCCGAGUGAGCGCCCUGCUGAGCUGCCACAACCACUCGGACCUCGUGUAUCUGGGCCAGCGGUAUGGCUACCGGCUGCGCGCCCCCGAUGGCUUCAACUACCACACGGGAGGGGCCGGCAUCCUGCUCAGCCUGCCCCUGGUUCGGCUGAUCGUGGAGCGCUGCAGUUGUCCUAGUGCGGGCGCCCCCGACGACAUGAUCCUGGGCUACUGCCUCCAGGCGCUGGGCGUGGCGGCGGUGCCGGCUGCUGGGAUGCACCAGGCCCGUCCGCAGGACUACGCCGAGGAGCUGCUGCAGCUGCAGCCGCCCGUGUCCUUCCACAAGUUCUGGAACUCCGACCCGGAGUACACUUACCGACGCUAUCUGGGCGGCAGCCUGGCCAACGGGAGUGCCCCGAUGGCGGCGUACAAGGAUCAGGCCACCGCUGCUCCACUGCAUCUGCUGGGGCUGCAGCCCUGCCCUGAUGGCGUCGGACUUCUGCAGGAAGCCGGGCUAGAAUCGUCUGGAAAGCAUUUGGAUCUUUAACUCGCCCAGCAUCUAUUCGCAGAGCACAGGAGCCCCGGCAGCAAACAUGCCAGCAAACUUCCGCUUUCGGCAUGCGACCGUUAAAUAAGCGCUGCCUGCGGUCAUGGGAUAUGU